AUGGUGCUGUCGGUGCCCGUGAUCGCGCUGGGCGCCACGCUGGGCACGGCCACCAGCAUCCUCGCUCUGUGCGGGGUCACCUGCCUGUGCCGGCACAUGCACCCCAAGAAGGGGGUGCUGCCGCGGGACAGGGACCCCGACCCGGAGAAGGCGAGACCCGGCGUACUCCAGCCCGCCCAACAGUUCAACGUUAAAAAGUCCACGGAGCCCGUGCAGCCCCGAGCACUCCUCAAGUUCCCAGACAUUUACGGCCCCAGGCCAUCUGUGACGGCCCCGGAGGUCAUCAACUACGCAGACUACACGCUGAGGACCACAGAGGAGCCUGCUGCAUCCGCCAGCCCCCAGGCCCCGAAUGACAGCCGCCUCAAGAGGCAGGUCACGGAGGAGCUGUUCAUCCUUCCUCAGAAUGGUGUGGUGGAGGAUGUCUGUGUCAUGGAGACCUGGAACCCAGCGAAGGCUGCCAGCUGGAACCAAGCCCCCAAGCUCCACUACUGCCUGCAGUAUGACCAGCAGAAGGCGGAGCUGUUCGUGACUCACCUGGAAGCUGUGACCAGUGACCACGACGGAGGCUGUGACUGCUAUGUCCAAGGCAGCGUAGCCAACAGGACAGGCUCUGUGGAGGCCCAGACGGCCCUGAAGAAGCGGGAGCUGCACACCACCUGGGAGGAAGGCCUGGUGCUCCCCCUGGCGGAGGAGGAGCUCCCUACAGCGACCCUGACUCUGACCCUGAGGACCUGUGACCGCUUCUCCCGCCACAGCGUGGCUGGGGAGCUUCGCCUGAGCCUGGAUGGGGUGUCCGUACCUCUGGGGGCCGCCCAGUGGGGGGAGCUGAAGACUUCAAUUAAGGAGCCUUCUGCAGGAACUGGAGAGGUCCUUCUCUCCAUCAGCUACCUCCCGGCGGCCAACCGCCUCCUGGUGGUGCUGAUUAAGGCCAAGAACCUCCACUCCAACCAGUCCAAGGAGCUGCUGGGGAAGGAUGUCUCUGUCAAGGUGACCUUAAAGCACCAAGCUCGGAAGCUGAAAAAGAAGCAGACAAAACGAGCCAAGCACAAGAUCAACCCUGUGUGGAAUGAGAUGAUCAUGUUCGAGCUGCCAGAUGACCUGCUGCAGGCCUCCAGCGUGGAGCUGGAGGUGCUGGGCCAGGAGGAGGAGGGCCAGAGCUGCGUGCUGGGCCACUGCAGCCUGGGCCUGCACGCCUCGGGCUCUGGGCGCAGCCACUGGGAGGAGAUGCUCAAAAACCCGCGCCGGCAGAUCGCCAUGUGGCACCAGCUGCACCUGUAGCAGCUUCCCAGUCCACCUCCCUUCUCGGGCACAGCCCUGCCCCUUCAGUCCCAGCUGUCCUCUGUGACCUCCUCUUUGUGCUGCAUCCUCAU